AAAAGAUUCAAAAGAAGGUAGAAACAGUUAAAAACCUUUAUUACAAAGGAAAAGAGUAACAUGAUUAUUCAUUUCUUAAUGAAAUCUUCUUACUGUGUAGGAACAACCAGAAGAAAAAUUAAGGCAAAUUUGUCUACUACUAGCAUAUUAAUCAAGUUCAUUUUCAGUGUUUUUGUCUUUUAAACAAAUACUUACUAGACAUUUUAUUCUCCCUUCUUACCAAAAACAGUGAAAACCUAUGAAAAAAGUCUAGGUCUUUUCAACUUCAUUCAAACCCAUAUGGAUCCUAAACCUUCUUCAAAACAACAUCAUCAUCAAGAAACACCAAAGUUCUUGGGUCUACCUCCAUCGAAUAACAACAUGGUCAGCAGUGGCGGUGGUGGAGGAGGAGAGCAUAAUCAUAACAAUACAAACAACAACAAUAAACCAGCAGAAAUCAAAGAGUUUCAAAUAGUUGUUGCUGAAAAAGAUGACAAUGGGGGGAGUACUAAUAACACUAAGAAGCAGUUAGCACCAAAGAGGAGUUCAAAUAAAGAUAGACAUACGAAAGUUGAUGGAAGAGGGAGAAGAAUUAGGAUGCCAGCUUUAUGUGCAGCAAGAAUCUUUCAAUUAACAAGAGAAUUAGGUCAUAAAUCAGAUGGUGAAACUAUUCAAUGGUUAUUAACACAAGCAGAGCCAUCGAUUAUUGCUGCCACCGGGACUGGUACCAUACCGGCUUCUGCUUUAGCAGCUGCUGGUGCUUCUGUCUCUGCACAAGGGACUUCUGCAACAGCUGGUUUACAUCAAAAGCUUGAUGAAUUGAGUGGUGGGAAUGCUGGGAGGACUAAUUGGGCUUUGUUGGGAGGCAGUAAUUUGGGUAGAUCCCAUGGAUUAUGGCCAUCUAUGAGUCAAUUUUCACCUGGUGGUGGUCCUGGAGGAUUUGUAUCGCCGGCUUCUGCUGGAGGAGGAGGAGGACCGUCCACAUCCAAUUUGGGUAAUGAAAGUUCUAAUUUUUUGCCUAGAAUUGGGUUUCAUGGAUUCGAAUUACCUGGUUCUAAUAUGGGACCAAUGAGUUUUAGUUCAAUUUUGGGUGCUGGUGGUGGUGGCGGUGGAAACCAACAACUUCCAGGAUUGGAACUCGGUCUUUCUCAAGAUGGGCAUAUUGGGGUUUUGAAUCCUCAAGCUUUGAAUCAGUUUUAUCAACAAAUGGCUCAAUCUAGAACUGGUACUAGUUCAUUGCAUCAUCAACAAGAACAACAUCAUCAACAACAGCAGCAGCAACAACAACAGCAGCAGCAACAACAGCCGCCUACCAAGGAUGAUUCUCAAGGAUCAAGACAUUAAGGUGAGUGAGGGACAGAGAAAAAAAAAGAUGGUUACUUUCCAUAGUGGGCUGAAGAAAAAAUAUGCAAAUUUCUAGUCUUUUAUGGAACUUGAGUCCAUAAGGACUGGUUUUUGAGUACUGGGUCUGUAUAUCCCUUGUUUUCUCUCCACAGCUUCAUCCAAAGUCUUCGAGAACAGAUGGAACUGUGCAGAGAAGUGAAUUGCUUGGGGUUGGACCUUGGGGUGUUUGAGGCAUGUCGAUAAUAGUGUAAGCCAUAUCUUGUGUUGUUGUUGUUUUAGGACUAAAUGCGUUUGGUGAAGAUGGGGUUGCUUGUGGAACAUAAACUUAUGUGGUUCUCUUUUAUGUAGCAAAGUACCAUCUAUCUAUAUAUAUAUAUUCUUCUAGUGAUGUUAUCACUGAUCAAAUCU